UGUUCACCGGAAGCGGAAGUUGUGUUAUGAGAGCAUGGCGGGGUUGUGUACAGCAUGUUAGCGGUUAUUGAGGAGUUCUCUAGUGUCUGGGAUGUAGACGUGAGGUGUGUAUAGAGCAGGGCCUGGCCGGGGAGUACGGAGAGGAGCAUUGCACUGAUGAAAGGCACACAGCACAGGGGAGGAGCCAACAUUGAUGCGUGUUCUUUCAUUCUACGAUGAUCACUACUAUCAACCUGGACGUCUCAUUUUCACUUUAAUGACAAUGUCAAACUGACAUCUUGACUAUGGGCAGAGGACCCCAACCCUAUGUGUUCGCUUGGGUAGAAUGACCAUGGUAUGAACAGUCACCCCACAAUCAUUUUAUCUAAACCAAGAUUUCUUUUAUAACUGGGGUCUUCUCUGAUAAUGUGCUUGGCGCCAAGGUGUCUGGAAGAUUAGUGGCAUGGCGAUGCCCUCUGCAGACAUGCGAUCCUUAAGUGAGGAUGUACGGAUUGAGCCCUCUCUAUAGGGUAUAGAAGGAUUAUUCUGGGCAACCAACCAUGUUGCCAUCCAGGAUGAUGAGAUGUGCCUUCUACAGACUGGUCUCUGGGCCUCCAUUCCAUAUUACAGAUCAUCAGUUCCUUUCCUGCGCUGGGAAGUUCAGAUUAAAUUAUGGGACUGCUUGGAAAGGAACACUUUCUUUUGCAGGCUUUUCCCGUAGGCACUUUCAGAAAGAUCUGUUAACAAUCUUGGAUGCUCCUGUAGCACCAGUGACUGUGACCGAAAUCCGACAGUACCUCCGGACAAAGGGCAUUUCCUUUCUUGAUGGCUACAGCUGCAUGCAUGUCCCCAGCCCUUUUACCUGCAACAAAGGCAACAACCUUUUCAUUGAUAAGACCACUGGGCGCUUUCUCUGCAAGGAAACAUUGCUGGAAGGUACCUGGGCAGACUUUAAAGACAGCAUGGAGCUGCUCAGCAAAGAGGAUUGUUCCAUCCUGAGCCCUGAGACCAUGGCCACCUUCCUGGGGGACAGUGAUAUUGAGGAUGGGGAAAGACAUUUUAAUGAUAUGGAGGUGUCCCGGAUCUGGAACAAAGCAGUUUGGUUUCAUGAUGUUGAAGAAGAGUAUGCUCAGCUUAUAAAGGCAAUGUUCAGCAUGUCUAAAAUGAACAAUACUACACUGAAGAAGUUUGGGGUAAAAUGUUUCCAACCUACCAAAAGUCUGGUGUUUCCAUGGUAUAGCCCAAGGGAUUCUACUGUGAAAGGUCUAAAACUACUCUCAGCUGUAUGCCAGGAUGAUACAGUCAGUUACAUUGAAACGUUUUACCCCCGGCCUUCACAUUAUCAGAAUUUAUUUGGCCUUUCUGUAACGGGAAAGAAGGACACAGACGUUGUGAUCACCAGCAGGGAAGUCGAUUCUUUAGCCUUACACCAAGCAACAGGUGUAACCACAGUAUCACUGCCUCGAGGAAUAAGCUGUUUACCGCCAGUCCUUUUACCAUAUCUUGAGCAGUUUAAGCGCAUUAUUCUGUGGCUUGGUGAUGAUCUGCGUGCCUGGGAGGCUUCCAAAUUGUUUUCUCAAAAACUCAGCCUAAAGAGAUGCUCAUUGAUCCGACCAGGAGACCGGCAGCCCAGCCCUCUGCAGGCACUUAAUCUUGGACUUAAUUUAAAUAAGAUCCUGAAAAGCGCUCUCCCAGCCAGUCACAAGUCUAUCAUUUCAUUCCACCAACUCAGGGAGGAGGUGUUUGGUCAGCUGGAAAAUGCCGAGCAAGUCGCUGGAGUAAAGUGGGACAGAUUUCCUGAAUUGAAUAAGCUGCUUAAGGGACACAGGAAAGGCGAAUUGACAGUAUUUACAGGCCCAACUGGUAGUGGUAAAACAACAUUCAUAAGUGAAUAUGCUUUGGACUUGUGCGUUCAGGGGGUUAACACCUUGUGGGGGAGUUUUGAACUCAACAACGUGCGUCUGGCCAAAGUCAUGCUGACCCAAUUCUCUCUGCUGCGUCUGGAAGAACAGCUGGACAUGUAUGACGAGUGGGCAGACAGAUUUGAGGAGCUGCCUCUUUAUUUUAUGACCUUCCACGGACAACAAAACAUCAAAUCUGUGAUUGACACAAUGAAGCAUGCAGUGUACAUGUAUGACAUUGGCCAUGUGAUCAUUGAUAAUCUGCAGUUCAUGAUAGGACAGGAACAGCUGCAUACUGAUAAAUUUGCACUGCAGGACUACAUCGUUGGUGCUUUCAGGAAAUUUGCCACAGAUAAUAGCUGUCAUGUGACUCUGGUCAUUCACCCCCGGAAAGAAGAUGAUGACAAGGAAUUACAGACAUCAUCUAUUUUUGGCUCUGCAAAAGCCAGUCAGGAGUCUGAUAAUGUUAUGAUCCUCCAGGACCGAAAGCUGGCAAGUGGUCCAGGCAAGAGACAUCUGCAAGUGGCUAAAAACCGAUUUGAUGGGGACGUGGGGGUUUUCUCUCUGGAAUUCAACAAGGCCACGCUGACCUUUUCUUCCAAAGGCAAGGGCAAGGUGAAGAGAGUAAAUAAGGAAAAUGAGCCUCCUGCCAGCCCCACAACAUCAAAGAAAAAACCUGAGAAGUAACUUUGUUCUGAUCACAAAUCGUGAGUUAAAGUUGAAAAGAAUUUACUGAUUUACAGGAUUUCUUUUACACAUCAUUGGAUGUACUGCUUCCAUAUCCCAGCAUGGUUCUGACUGUGACUCCUACAUACACUUGGGGUGAAUUUAUACCAAAUUGAUCAAAGGCCAAGUGAUGGUGUGGUCUGUAGCAGCCAAUAAGACUUCAGCUUUCAUUGUGAAGCUAUUCUGAUACGUUUUAUGUAUCUCAGGCUUUCAGGUUACUGGUACUUGCUUUUUAGGAACCACAUCAUUUCUGAGGACCUUGUGUGCUCCGUGAGAACGCUAUAUCUGUUUUAAGCUUAACGGUUUUCUGUCAUUUCACAUGUUUGUUAUUUUUGCAAAGUGUUGUGUACUAGCAAGUCUAGGAACCUUAUUUGUACAUUUGAUGCUAAAGUAGAACUCCAACCAAAGUCCCGUUUUUCAGUAGUUUUGUAUAGAGUGAGGAAGGGUUGGAGUUCCACUUUAGGAGAACGUUUAGGAUAAGAAAACACUGGAGUUCAGCGUCUCCCUAGAAAGAACUACCUCUUAAAGUGUCCGUUUGACCCAUUUCUUUAUGUUGAUUUACAAGAAUGUCUGAUGGAUUGAUCCAGGCCACACAGCUUGAAAGAGUUCCCUUUCUUAGACAUUAUUCUGAUAUACGUUUAUUACUACAUCACUACAGGUACAUCCUAGUAUAAUAUAUAAACUUAGCAUUAAAACCAAUCACUUUGCCAUUCAGUGUUAUAUAUUUCUUCAUGUAUUUGUUUGGUUCACAACCCACUGGUGGGAUUUAUAAGGCUGAACAUACAACACAGAAGAUGAUUUAGAGGGGGAAUAUAUAAAUGGAAAUAUAUACAUAAUCACGUAUAAUGAAAGUCCACAAUAAGAUGGCACAAAAAAUAUUGAAUACUGACUUAUUAAAGGGGUUGUACACUCUGUACAACCACUUUUACCUACAGGUAAGCCUAU